CCACACAUUUUGGUUUUUGGGUUAUUUGUUUCUGUUUUUUAUUGAAACUAUUGUAACAUGGAUGAAGCUUUAAUGAAGCAUUUGUUAGUAGAUGGUGGAAGAUUAGUUCUUCUUCAUGUACCUCCAGGAACAGAAUUCGGUAUCGAUAUGAAGAUUUUCACAACCGGGGAAAAUUUUAGAGGGAUCAAAAUGAUUCCACCUGGUAUACACUUCAUACAUUACAGUGCAUUAAAUAACUAUGGAGAUAUACUACCUAAAGUUGGGUUUUUCUACAACUUUAAAAAAUCCGAAUUCGUAAUGAGAAAGUGGGAUAUUAACCUUCAAGAUGUGUCUUCUGAUAACGUCCCAGAAAGAGAGUCUGUUUUACUAAAGGAUAACGUUCCUACAUUGGAUAAGUUUCUAGGCCCAUAUCCUCUGGAUGUUUGGAAAAAGUGGACUGUUUUAUCAUCACAUAUCACAGAUACUUUAAUAAAGAAAUUAACGCCAGAAGUUGGAAAAAUCAGAUCUGCUCUGGAUUUAGAACCUUGUAGUAAUGAAAACAGACCUCGAAAUUCUGGUAACGAUUUGAAUAAUCAGUUAAUGCGAAGGCCUAGAGCUGGUAGCAGUUCAAUGCAAGACUUAGAAGAUGAAUUGCUUCCUAACAUGAGACCCACUGCAGGUACUGAGAUACGCUUUACUGCAGUACCAAAACGAAACUUCCCAGAAGGAUCAACUCCAUCACAAAUCACUCAUUAUUCCUUGGACUCGACAUAUGCAUUAGAAAAAAUGUUGCAAAACUAUUCACAGGAAAUUGAUUUAAUUGGUGAGCUACAGUUUUCGUACAUAUGUUUCUUGGUUGGUCACAGCAUAGAAGCAUUUGAACAUUGGAAAAAUUUAGUGUGUUUGCUAUGCUCUUGUGACAUUGCAAUUACAAAAUACUACACUUUGUAUGAUGCGCUAAUAACUACACUUGAGGUUCAAAUUCUGGAAACACCAGAGGAAUUUUUGGCGGACAUUGUGACAAACAAUAACAUUAUUUAUGUGAAAUUGCGAGUGUUCUUCCGGUGUGUAAGUGAUAGCGAUGUUGAUGGAAGAUUUAAAUCGAAAGUAGAAAAGUUUAAAAGCAAUCUUACAAAUAGGUAUGAAUGGGAUUUUACUCAUUUAGAUUCUGAUGAUGAAGAAGAUGCCCCAGUGGUUGUAGAACUUGACUAGAGACAUAUUGCAAUUUUUGUAUUUAUCAAUCUUAGGGUACAUCUCAAAUUUAUAGUCGUACAGUUUCUCUCCUACCACUUACCUCCUUACCAAAUCAUUGUGCAAUCAUGUUUUAUAAACAAUGCUAAUGUGUAUCCCGGCUGUGACAUAAGUAAAAUAAGUAGGUACAUGGCGAUUUUCGAAAAUUCAACUGGGUUGGUGGAAAUAAUCACGGAAACAAUAAUUCUUCCCAUAGCAAAAUUACCCGGUUAAAUUUUCAAAAACCCGUAUUAUAGAUGGUUAUUCUUUAGAAUAAACAACUCAGUGACAGAUUUGGAACUGCGCCUACUGUGUAGUUUUAAUUUUAAUGUUAAUUUUUUCACCGAACACCUGCUCUGGAUUGCUUGGGUGCCUCGCCCCAAUAACCUUUUGUUUUAAUCCAGUGUUACGACAGGGUUGUUAUUACAAGUAACAAGUAAUGAGCAUUAAAUGAAUAGCAUUCAAAGCUACAAGUGAUAAAUAACCAGUUUGUAGGGGAAUUUUUGUUUUCCCUUAUGUGUUGGCUUUGUUUGUCUGUUCCUCAAGAACGAUUUGAGACGGUGAUGUCAAAUUUUCGCUAAUCAAUUUCUACGAGUUCAAGGGUUAGUGCUAUUAAAUAUGAGCCGGAUUAAAAGUCUGGUUUCCAAAUACAAAAUUCUCAACACGAUUAUUUUUAACAUGGUUUUGGACAUUUCUUGGUAUUAUAUUAUGGUUAUUGUCUUACUGUAUUAAUAUAGCGACCCUUGCAUGUCUGGCGGAUAUUGCAGAUGUAUAUGUAUAUGAUGUACAUAAUUGAAAUGUUUGGAUAUCUAUUGGCAGGGUGUCCAACGAAGAUCUAUGAAUUAUGACAUGGUAAAACAAAUGCGAAUAGACCCACAACAAGCAUUUUUUCCAAAUACACUAAAAGCUGCUGUACUCGGACAAAUUUCUACAUGUAAUUUUACACACAGAUUUUUUAAGAGAAUACAUCAAAAUUGGUUAUUACAACCAAAUUCGUUUUCAACCAUAUACCCAAAAUGACUUAUUACUGUUAAAAUUUCAGAAAAAAUCUGUCUGCAACUAAGACAGUUGGCUCUGCACAUACUACUCAGUCCAUUUGUACCUAUUGAUGUGUGUGUUCAAGUCGCUUUUAAUAAUAAUAAUAAUGUUUAUUCUGUUGCUAAAUCUCGCAAAUGGUACAGGGUUCGCUCAGGAGCUAUCUUCCACCCUACCAAAUUAUCCAUUUCAAAACAUGCAUAUUUAGUUGUACAUACAUUUCAACAAUCAAAUUUUUAAAUAAACAAACAAUUAUGUAAAGGUUACACUAAAUUAUGGCUGGCAAUAAUUCAUAAUUACAUACAAUACAAUAUUCGGAUUUCUAGAAAAAAACUUUGAUAUAAAGUAAUUCAUUUCCAAUGUCUCCGAUGGUUGCAUGGAUUGGGAAAUCUGCCAAUUUUUUUAAUCUUUCUUUUUAGUAGCGCUAUAUGUUAUUAGAUUUUAAUAAACAGCAAGAUGCUUGCUGUACAUAUAUAUACCUAGUAUGUAUUCUAAUUUCCGAAAGGAGUACCUCUAGGGUAUUCGUGUUUGACCAAUAUUGGGAUGAAUUUUUAGUGCGUUUUAUUUUAAAUUAAAAACAACUUGCUAUAGUUUGCAUUUUGUCUGUUCGGACUUACUUCUGCUGAUGGUUUGAACACCUUUAGGGGAAUUGUCCUAGCAUUCUGAAAGUUUUUGCAAUUGUACCCUAUACCUUGAAGGUGUGUCAGACGGCGUUAAAAUUUUGUUGCCUUAUGCCCCCCCCCCCCUCCAUGAAUUAGUAUCUUUUACAUGCAGUGACCAAUAGAUUGAACAUAACAACUAAUAGACCUCUAUGCAUGCCCAUUAAAAUUUACAAUCAAGUACCUUCAAAAGACCAAACAUUUAUACAGUAUGCAAUUAAUUACCUACUUAUUACCAGUUUGCUACUUAUUUUCUUAUGUUUUUGCAUUAUUUGCCAUUUUAUAAAGUUCUCUUCAAGUUCAGGGAGGAACCGAUAAGCGGAAUGAUGGGGGAGGCCCCCUCACGUUUGUUGUAGGUAGUUGGCAUUAUCUUUGGAACCGAGUUGGUAAAUUUCUAAUUGCAUGGUAAGAAAAGUAAUCUGAAAUAACUCUUUAAUUCACCUACCAUAUAAUAAAUUACACUCAAAGAAAUUUGUUCUCAUAUACAGGGUGUUAAUUUAUUGAGUGCCGAUAAUGCAGCUAGGGCGUGAAUCCUCGGAUGAUGAAAAUGAGUCGCAAAUGGACGUCUGGACUAGAGAUCUACUGGUGAUCUCAAAACCUAUGUGUGAAUUUCUCGAAAAUGAAGUGUCAGAGGAAGGUAUAUAUACAAUAGGAAAAUGUAAUAUUGCGGAAGACUUGAUUCUUCUUGCAGUAUGCGUAGAUCUUAUUGAAUGUGCCAGGCGACCUUUAAAUGUUUACAUUGAUAAAUAUAGCAUGGUAUAAACCCAAUAAUUUUAUAAACUAUAAAAGAUACUAACAAAGUUUCUGCUUUAAUAAAACAGAAAAAUAAUUAAUACGAGACAAAGUUGUGGCUUCAAUGUGUGCAGUGAUGCAGUUAACGAGGCUUUCAUAGUAAAUUAGGUCAUGGCCAAAUUGUAAACGGCGAACAUUUUUAGCAUUUGCUACAAUGUUUCAUUUUCGAGAUUUUUUAUCGUUUAAGGACUUCCACAUAUUAAAUAUGUAGAAAUGAUAAGCCACAGUAGUACUAUUUGAAAUUUAAAUAUUUUAUGGAUUUAGUAAUUGCUCAUUUCUUGGUACUUAAAAUUUUGUGUUUUGUAUAAUAGCUAUUUAAAAUCUAAAACACAUACAAUGACUUUUUUAUUACAUAAACUCAACACUGGAAUAUAUAAAUAAAAAAUACACUUGAAUUCGGACAGUCUCCAAAGGUGUCUCCUGCUAUGCUACACAAAAAAAUAAAUUUUAUGACACAUACAAUCUAACUUCGCAGUUACAGUUGAGUUUCAAUCAGAAAUUUAUUCCAUAUAAGUGUUUAAGUUACACAAGUCACAGAGAAAGCAUGAGAGGUUCCUAAAUGAUGUGUACAAAUUUUUGAAUGCGAUCUAUAGUCUCUUAGACCGAUUAUACAAAUGUCUAUAAAUAAAAAUGUAUUUCACUACUUAAAUAACCUUAUAAAUAGUAUA